AAGAAGCAGAAGAAGAUUCGUUUCCGUAUCAGCUUAGGGUCGGAAAGUAUCGAUCCAAAAAUGUUGGUCAUAGUGAAAACGCUCACUGGAAAGGACUUGAAUAUCGAAGUUGAGCCAUCUGAUACAAUUGAGAAUUUAAAAUAUAAAAUCCAAGACAAAGAGGGCAUUCCUCCAGAGCAACAGCGGCUUCUUUUUGGAAAGCAGCUGGAGGAUGGAUGCACUCUCACAGAUUAUGGAAUUCAAAAUGGGGCCCUCAUAUACAUGGUUAUAAGGCUUAGAGGGGGAGGGCAACUUGAACAAAAUAUUGAGGAAAGUAUUGAAAUUGAAGUUCCUUAUUCUAAGGAAGACUUCAGCGAGGAAGACUUCAGCGAGGAAGACUCCAGCGGGGAAGACUUCAGCGAGGAAGACGAUGGCAAACGAAGCAAGAAUCCCAAAAAGCGAAGUAUGGAAAAUCUAGCUGACAUGUAAAUCCUUUGAAAAACACCAAAGAUCAACAUGUCAGUGGCCCAAGCACCCAGUGACUUCUGAGCAAACUGGGAAGUCCCCCCAGCCAAAUCAGAGAGAUUAUCUGCAAGAUCCACUGAAGCUUACUCAGCUGUGAUGGGAGGAAAGCUUUCAAAGCCAGAGAGCUGAGAGAAUGUUUUCUACUCACCCCAAGGAACUGAAGAUGAUGAUGCAUUAAUGCCCCAUUUCAACAGAUUUGGUCUUUGUCAUUUAUUAUGAUCAGUAGUUUUUAUAAAUCUGCCACAACUGAUUCAGCCAGGCAGAUGACACACAUUCAAUAUCAGUGGCACUCAAACUCUCUAAACACCACAUGGACACUACUUCAAAUAAUGACAUCAUGUUAAGUCAGUAAAUGAUUCAGCGAAAUGGAAAUGUCCUUGGGUUACUGACAGUUUCUUGAAUUUUGAAUUUGUUGAACUUUUCAGAGAUAAAAAUUACUACUAUAAACUUUAUUUUUGUAUAAACAGUCUGUUCUCAAGGAGAUAAUAAUCAGUAGAUUUUGGAUGGAUACCAAAAAAUCUGUUACAUUUGAAGCGUUGUUAGUUUGAGGAUGAGCUCAACAAACUGAAGUGAAUAUUAACCAGCACAUUUCAUUGUCUUUGCUCUAUUUAAAGGAGCAUGUUUGUUAUAUUGUUAUGACCCUAGCAGGGCCGCCUCCUGAGGUUGCCCUUGGGUGGCUGUGUCCUCCUGUCUCUCCUGCCUUGGGUGCCACCUUUUUUUUUCUUUUUUUUUGUACAGCUGACUCCCAUGAGCAAUUAGAAGAGAGCCAUGUUAGUGGUUGCAGCUAGUGAGCUGUGUUUUGUGAUUGUUCGGAGAAGAGAAGUGUGUUUGGUGAUUAUUAACUUGCUUUCCGGUUUACUGACCGAUGUCUGAGUUUUGGUUUGUUUCUUCAAAUGGUGAUAGCGGCUUAUCAGUCUCUUUAAGUUGAGUUAUUAAUAGAAGCUUUAAAACUCUUUUAUUUAAAUUUUGCCUCCCUGCACUUUCUGUUUUAAAAGUAAAAUGUUUGUGUCUUUUUUGUUUGUGCUUUCUGUUGUUUUUGUUUUCCUUGCAUUUUGUACCUUGGGGCCACUGUGUAGUUUGAGAAAGAGAAUCCAAGAGAGACUGACUUUUUCAAAAAAAAAGUUUGUAAUGGUCCACUGUUUUGAUAAAAAACUGCUGUAUACAGAAUGUUAGAGUAGCAUUUUGUAACAUAAAAUUGCAACCAGUUUGAGAUUUUGCAGUUUUUAACUGUGUCCACAAAUAUCACUUAGACUCUUAUAGGGCUGUUCGAUAUAACGAUAUAUAUCGGAUGACGAUAUAAAAACGUCUAUCGUUUCAUUUUACGCUAUCGUUUGUUUCGUGGUGUCGCAAA